CUUCUCAACCGAUCAACCCUUUUACUGCCAAAAACGAUACUUUUGUAGAUUGUUUGCCCCGCUGACAACCGAUGUUCCCUAGUAGUAUGUUUUCGGAUAUUGAUCGGAAGUCAUUCGGAUAUCAAUCGUGGUGGUUUCGCUACAUGUGACUUGGUCUUCAUCGCUUAUCAUGGCGCUGUAGAUGGCUUUCACCAUUMUAUUGACAAAGUAGUUUUUGUUUUCUCGAACGGAGUUAAGGAUAUCUUUUAGCUUAAGAAAUGAAGAGAGGAAAAGGGAAGGGAAAAUGUGAAAAAAAUGACUGCACUGCUGCUAACUCCGAGAAAACAGACUCGAUGGAUAAAAGAGGUGCAGAAACGAAACUUGUAGGAUUAAUUCAAGAGGACAKCAACAUGCCGGCCGUUACAAAGUCAUCUAGAAGGCAAUGGUCUGUUAUUUCAAGCCUAUGCUCUCGACAACAGGGACUUCUGAAUCCUUCUGUGUUUGUGAAGGACGCUUGUGGCUCCCAUACAUUGGUUGGUAGACUGAAGCAGCUCAAGCCUCUCGUGCAUCACAAUGGCUGUGUGAACACUUUACAUUUUAGCAGUUCUGGCGAUCUACUUGCGUCUGGGAGUGAUGAUUUAGAUAUUGCAAUCUGGGAUUGGGCCAAAAYCAAGAAAGUUCUACAUUAUGACAGUGGCCACUCCAGUAAUGUGUUUCAGGCGAAGUUUAUGCCUUUUUCAAAUGAUUCGACUGUAGUAACUUGUGCAAGGGAUGGUCAGGUACGUGCUGGAGUAUUGUCAUCAGAUGGUACAGUUAAGGACACAAGAUUGCUAGCACACCACAGAGGAGCAGCACACAAGCUGAGCAUCGAGCCAGGGUCACCUUGGCUGUUUCUGACUUGUGGAGAAGAUGGAGUAAUUUAUCAAGUGGAUAUGAGGGAAGACAAAGCAAACAAGUUGUUUUUCUGCCGUGCAAGUGAGCAUAAAAAGGUUGCCCUGUAUACAAUCUUUAUUGAUCCAUCAAAUGUAAAUGAGUUUGCAGUGGGAGGUAGAGAUCAUUAUGCAAG